CAAGACUUCAGUCUGCUGUUUGGAGCUGAAACGACUUCCAAGAUGCUGGAGAAGUGGGACACAACUUUCAGGCCCAAGGUUAUCAAUGAGGCCAAACACCUGACUCAGUCAACUGAGCUGUGCCGACUUCUAAAAGCUGCUGAGAAACUGACCGAGAAUGAUGACACCACCUGGGACAGUGACAUGGCUUCUCUGCUGCUCCUUCUCCAUCUGCUGCCACCCACAGCUGGACGGAAGAGGACGAAGAUAAGUCCCAGUGAUGCAGUGGACAAAAUGUUGCACUUCCACAAGUCAUGCUGCAGCCUUGAUGAACACCUUCAGAAAAGAGAUGGUAGACAACCAUACAUCCUUGCUGUUGGUCGAACCAGGAACAGGAUCGACACUUUCUACAUUGUUGUGGACAAACAGCUCAUCCCCUGCCAAGCCACCAGCUCACUGGGUGCGUUUGAUGAACUGUUUAAAUCGCACUACGUAUUCAACCUGUCGUACGACGAGUACCUGGGCCAGCUUUUCACUUUUUUACAAACAACAGUGUACAACAUUGAUGUGGCAACAACAAAUGAGUCUCCUAGAGUUCGUGAGUUGCGGGCAAAAGUCCUAAACUAAGUUUCUUAAAUGUUUAAGUGUUUUAUUUGUGAUGCUGUUUUUGCUCACUGCCAUUCAUUAAUCUCACAUGUAAGACUUAAUCACAGUUUUUAUCCUAGCACCAGGUUCAAGUUAGUUUGUGCACAAGGUUGUUGUAGGCGUCAGUUUUCAACAUAUGCAGGUUUUAAAAAACAUUUAAUUAGUUCUCAUGAGACGGAUUCUUUUCGAAGUGGAGAUGCAGAAAGGCCAGCGCCAUCUAAGUCUGAUUUUCAAGUGUUUCAAGAUCCUUGUACCUCAGAAAUUGCCAGAACAAGUGUCAUGCAGAAUCCAGAGUCUGAGUGUUAUGAGAACAGUGGAUCAGGUCAAAGAAGUAAAGAAAUUACAGAAAAUGUUUGUGCAUCAAUUAUUUCCAAACUACAAGGAAGUGGCAUAGCAAACAGCGUUGUGUCAUCAGUUGUUAGUGAUUUGGAAGAACUUGCAAGUGGACUCCACUCUCAGGUUAAGCAGCAAGUACUGUCUGCUGUGCCUCAAGAUAAUCCUGUCAGGGAAAAAUUGGAAAAAGAUCUGGAAACUUUUGAAAACCCGUUUGUUAACUUCAAUACUGAAAGUAAAAGACUGAAUUAUUUCAAUAAGAAAUGGGGUGUUGUGGAGCCUGUCGAAAAAAUUCUAGGCAUUCGAUUUGAUACAAGGCGAAAUAAACAAACAGGAACUUAUGAUCAAGUCCCUGUGAACGAUACAUUUGUUUAUAUACCAAUUUUGGAAACGAUAAAAUUCAUGUGCCAAAAUUCUGACAUUUGUAGACUGCUUGGGGAAACCUGUAUAACAAGACCUGACAAAUACCAAGACUUUUGUGAUGGAAGUUAUUUCAAGACGCAUCCAUUGUUCUCUAAACACCAGAAUUCGUUACAAAUCCAGUUGUUCUAUGAUGACUUUGAGACGGCAAACCCACUGGGUUCAAAACGCGGUGUUCACAAAAUAGGUGCUCUGUAUUUUAUACUCAGAAAUCUGCCACCAAAGUUUAACUCUGCUUUGAUGAACAUUCAUUUGGUUGCAUUGUUUCACACUGAAGAUUUGAAAAAAUAUGGCUUUGAUCCUAUUUUAGAACCACUGAUUAAUGACAUCAAAAAGCUUGAGAGUUAUGGCCUAGAUUUGCCUUUUUCUGCUGAAAAAGUCCAUGGCACUAUAUGUCAGGUAACUGGGGACAACUUGGGGAUGCAUGCAAUUCUGGGAUUUACAGAAUCUUUCAGUGGACGUUACUUUUGUCGUUCAUGUUUGAUUGAUAAAGAUGAUGCCCAGAAUAUUUACAGUGAGGAUGACCCCAAGAUAAUCUUGCGUCAAAGGGAACUUUUUGAAAUGCACUGCAAUGAGUUGGAGUCAGACCCACAGAAGUCAUCUGUGUUUGGUUUAAAAAAGAAAUCAAGUCUUAACAGCCUCCAGUUCUUUCAUGUUUGUUCUAAUUUUUCGUUUGACAUUAUGCAUGACAUUCUUGAAGGCGUGGCUCAGUAUGAGCUGAAGUUACUAAUGGAAUACCUCUCAGAAAAUGUUUUGUCGAAACCUGAUCUGUUGUGUAGGAUUUAUGCCUUUGACUAUGGGUAUGUGGAGCGCAAAAAUCGACCUACAAGAGUUAACCUGGAGAGUAGUGGCAAUAAUAUAGGGCUCAGUUCCAUUCAGACUCUUUGUCUUGUUAGAAACAUUCCUCUACUUUUUGGUGACGUUGUACCAGAAGGAAACAAAAACUGGUUUUUGUUGCUGCUUUUACUGCAGAUAAUCAACAUUAUUUUUUCUCCAUCUGUUACACAUGGCAUGACUGUACUUCUCAAGUACUUGAUAAAGGAACAUCAUGAGUUGUUCAAGGAGCUGUAUCCUGAUAGAAACCUGAUUCCGAAACAUCACUUUAUGCACUAUCCAUCUUGUAUCCGAAAAAUUGGACCACUAAUACAUAUGUGGAGCAUGAGAUUUGAGGCAAAACACAGGAUUUUCAAAAACACUCUUAAAAACUUCAAAAACAUCACAAAAUCUCUUGCAAAAAAACAUCAAAUGUCUAUUGCAUGUCAUUGGGAGACAUCACAUUCGAAAUGUAUUGAGUAUGGACCUAUGGAAUCUAUUAAUGUGGACAAUGAGGAGUAUGGUGAUGUGUUAGUUCGGGUUUUGCAUGUUGAGUCUGUAUCUCAAGACAUCCAUGCAACCACCUGGGUUACGAUCAGUGGGACCGAGUACAGGCCAGGGUUAAUAAUUUGCAAUGAGAUUGAACAUGAAAUGCCUGUGUUUUGCAGAAUACAAAAAAUAAUUGUUGUUGACAGUAUUGUCUUCUUCCUUGUAAACAAGCUUGUGGUUGACCAUUUCAGUGAACAUUUUCAUGCUUACAAAGUAUUUGAAACCAGUGGCAAGGACGUAGAUAAAGCAGACAGUCUUGUGAUUUAUAAGCCCUUUGAUUUACAAACUGCUUAUGGUGGAGAUGAGAGUCUGUAUAUUGUGCCACUAUUUUAUUUGUAAUUACUGCUGAAGUUGUGCCUAUUGUGUGAAUUCCUGAGGUGC